AUGCGUCAGUGCCAUUCGGCCCCUGCUGCUGUGGCCCAACAAAGGGGUUUGGAUGAGAAAACAGAAGAGUUCAAACUGGUCUACAGGUUUCCGGGGAUUAAGUACUGCAGGGUACUGUCCAGACUGAAGCUGUUACAGACUGCCACCACCAUGGUCAUGCUGCCUCCCAUCUGCUACCUCUACCUGCAAGACCAGGUUUCUCAGAAUAUCCUCUUAUAUACAACUGGCAUUGCGUUCUUUGCUGGUGCAAUGUUGUAUGGUAUGAGCUACUUUUUCAGACGAAUUAUUGGGUUAAUCUACUUAAAUGAAACUGGCCGUACUGUCAAAGUCGCCCACUUGACGUUUUGGGGAAGACGGAAUGACAUUUAUUGUCCCAUAGAGACAGUGAUGACUCUGGAUGAAGUUGGAGAUAGCAAGGGGGAGCUACUUCUCCAGUUCAAACGGUGUAAUAGUACAGAUGUUUUAUAUUUUACAAUUAAGUUUGGCCAGAUUGUAGACAGACAGAAGUUUACUCAAAUAUUUGGAGAACUUCAGUGA